AUGGCCGUCGCACGACCCGUGAGGUUUCUCGGGGCGCUCUCCGUGAUCCUGGUCUUCUUCCUCAUUUAUCAGUAUUUGCGUCCGACCCCAACCUUAUCACCGCCGGGUACGGUCGUCGGAAAUGGCGACAAACUUGACAGCAUGGAGCGCGACCCGCUCGUAGAUCCAAUUGGUGAACCUCCCGAACCUCUAUGGCGACAUCAAGACCACGAUUAUUCCCCCGACAAUCCCAACUCAGCACGAAUUAAUGCCACUCUUCUCUCUCUCGUCCGAAAUGAAGAACUCCACGAACUACUCCCGACCAUGAAAGAGUUGGAAGCAACAUGGAACCACAAAUACAACUACCCCUGGACCUUUUUCAAUGAUGUCCCGUUUACAGAUGAAUUCAAAAGAGCCACUCAGGAGGUGACCAAGGCCAAAUGCUCCUAUCAUCUCAUCCCUCCAGAACACUGGGAUAUGCCUUCAUGGGUCAGUCAGGAACUGUACGAGGAAUCCGCCAAGAUUCUCGAGGAGAACAAUGUCCAGUAUGCGGGAAAAAUCUCAUACAACAAGAUGUGUAGGUGGAACAGCGGCAUGUUCUAUCGACAUGAGGCUCUUCAACAUGUGCAAUACUACUGGCGAGUGGAACCCAAGGUCAAAUUCUUUUGCGAUGUAGACUACGAUGUGUUUCGGUACAUGCAAGACCAUAACAAAACCUACGGGUUUAACAUCAACCUUUUCGAUUCACCCGAGUCGAUUCCGUCUUUGUGGCCGGAGACCAUCAAAUUUUUGGCGGCCCAUCCAGAAUACCUCCACCAGAACAAUGCCAUGGCAUGGUUGGUGGACAAUCAACGACGACCAGACAAUAACAUCAAGGCACACGGAUACAGUACGUGUCAUUUCUGGUCGAAUUUUGAAAUCGCCGAUCUGUCAUUCUGGAGGAGUCAAGUGUAUGAGGAUUACUUUACCCAUCUUGAUCGAACAGGAGGGUUUUUCUAUGAACGAUGGGGAGACGCCCCGGUCCAUAGUAUUGCGUUGGGAUUGUUUGAAGAUGCCAGCAAGAUCCAUUGGUUCAAGGACAUCGGAUACAACCAUGUUCCGUUUUACAAUUGUCCCAACUCGCCCAAAUGUCGUGGAUGUACGCCGGGGCAAUUUUAUGCGGGUGAAUCGUGGUUGCAGCGAGAAGACUGUCGACCAAUUUGGUUCAAAUAUGUUGGGACUGGCUAA